AAGGGGGGGUGGUGGUCUCCACAGCUUCAGAGCUCGGAUUUGUUAUGUUUACUCAAACCAUAAACAAAAACGAUUCAAAACCUACUAGUUGUAUGUUAGUAUUUCAUAGAAAAAUCUAAUAUUAGUAUUCAUUUUCGUGCCAAGUGUAAAUUGUAAGUAUUUACUAAUGCGUUCUAUUACAAGGGAAGUGUAGCUUAACGACAUUCACAUUCCCUCCUUUACGGCAAAUGGAAUAUGGCGGAGGCUGAGAAACCUUUUGACGAGCUGGAGCUCAUUAAGGAAUGGCAGGCGUCCGCAGACCUGCAGGCGCCCCUGUACGACUACCUGAGAAAGCAGGUGCCUCGGAUCUUUUGUCACAAGGAGCAGCCCAUCCCUCAGGAGGAAGAGGAGCGCACACAGAGACUCCUUCUCCAUCCUCUGGAGUACUUCCUGUUUGGUGAAGAUCCCGACGAAGGUGUGGAGAAGCUCAAGCAGGGCAGUACGUCUUCCCAGCUCUGUGGACGUGUCUUUAAAGAGGGAGAGACGGUCUACUCCUGCAGGGAUUGUGCAAUAGAUCCCACGUGUGUGCUGUGCAUGGACUGUUUCCAGGAGAGUGUACACAAAAGUCAUCAUUACAAGAUGCAUGCCUCAUCAGGUGGGGGCUUCUGUGACUGUGGGGACGUGGAAGCUUGGAAGAUUGGUCCGUCUUGCUCCAAACACGACCCAGAAGCAGACACCGCCAUGGUAACGGAUGAGUGCACAUUGGAGCCCGAGUUGAGUGAUCGGGCCGAGAUUCUCUUCCGCGUAUUGCUGAACUACUACACAGAAUUCCUGGACUGGGCGGAAGACCGUCACCUUUCACAUCAACUAAAACCUGACGAAAGAGACAACUCAUACUUCUGUGUGCUGUACAACGACGAGCACCACUCGUACGACCAUGUGAUCUACACUCUCCAACGGUCCGUUAACUGUGACCAGGCAGCAGCGCAGACUCACACAGUUCUUAUUGACAAGGAGGGUCGGCGGGCCGUAAAGAGAGGAAGUCUUGAGUCGUGCCAGCAAGCCAAAGACCUCAUCAAGUCCAACUCAGAGCACAUUUCCCUGCAGCCUCUGCGUGUGGAAGUCCUGCACUCGGCCAUCAUGGCUCAUCAAACAUUUGCCCUGCGCCUCGGCUCCUGGUUCCAAAAGAUCAUCGGUUAUUCAGUGGGCUUCAGACAGGCCUUCUGCAGGGUGGCACUAGAGCCUAGCAAAGAGCAGAGCAGCCUGUGCUGCAUCAGCAGACUCAUGUUGCUUGAUGCCAAAUUGUACAAAGGAGCUCGCAAGAUGACACAUGAUCUGAUUUUCUGUAGCAUAUUAAUGGAGACUGAAUUCAAGAGGCUGUUUGCAAUUGAAUUCACAAAGCUUUAUAAGGAUCUUCAGAAUAACUUCAUCGAUGACGAUCAUGACAGGAGUAUUUCCAUCACUGCACUCUCUGUUCAGAUCUUCACUGUGCCCACACUGGCAAGAUACCUUAUUGAGGAAACAAGCGUCAUUUCAAGGAUUGUUAAUACAGUCAUGGCGCUCCUAUUAGAGCAUCUGGAUGUUAACAAUCGCUUCUUCUUCUUGGGCUACAACUCUGACAAGUUUAACCGCAUCCAGGUCAUUUUCCAUGAUCUCAGAUACGUUCUGAUUAGUAAACCGUCCACAUGGAAUUCUAAACUUCGGAAGCAGUUCAUAGAAGGAUUCAAUUCCUUUCUUGGCCUUCUCAAAUGCAUGCAGGGAAUGGAGGAGUUAGAGCGUCAGUUUGGUCAACAUAUCGCAGUGGAGCCAGAAUGGGAAGCUGGCUUCACCCUUCAGAUCCAGCUCCGACAUAUUCUCGCUAUGUUUCAGGACUGGUGCUCUUCUGAUGACAAGAUUUUACUGGAAGCUUUCAGACAUUGCCACAAACUCUUGCAGCAAUGCAACAAUCAGCCCUUUCGCAGAGAGGCAGCUGAUAACUAUAUGUGCAAACAGAUCCUCAACGUUCGGCCCUACAAAGUCUCUCAAGAGCCUGUCAGCAUUCAUGUACCUCUUUCUAGGCUGCUAGCUGGCCUAUAUGUACUUGCCUGCAAGAAUGGAUUACAUGAUCAACUGUGGGACAAACAAUGUUAUGACUUUUCCACCCUGGCUGAGCAUCCUCUGCGCUGCGUGGUGCUGGCUGCACAGGUAUCGGCUGAAAUGUGGCGCAGGAAUGGGCUCUCUUUGGUCAGCCAGGUGUACUACUAUCAAGAUGUUAAAUGCAGAGAUGAGAUGUACGAUAAAGACAUCCUCAUGCUUCAGAUCGCUGCUUCUAGAAUGGAUGCAAACCAUUUUCUCAUGCUGAUCUUGUUGAGAUUUGAACUCUUUAAUUUCUUCAAUGGAAGUUGUUCGUGUCGAGACCAUAAUGAACUGGUGCAGUGGAAUCGACUGACAGAAGAGAUGCUGUACCUCCUUAUUGUCAUCGUUGGUGAACGCUAUGUCCCCGGGGUCAGUAACGUGACCAAAGAGGAUGUGACAAUGAGAGAGGUCAUCCACCUGCUGUGCAUUGAGCCCAUGGCACACAGUAGCCUGGUCAAAGGCCUACCAAAGAAUGAGAGCCAUGAAACAGGUCUGGAGUCUGUCAUCAGCAAAGUUGCCACUUUCAAGAAACCAGGCGUGUCCGGACAUGGCUUAUAUGAGGUCAAAAAGGAGAACCUGCUCCAGUUCAACCCUUUCUUUUACCAUUAUUCACGCUCGCAACACAGCAAGGCUGAAGAGUCGCAAAAGAAGAGGCGUGUUCAGGAAAGCAAAGACAAAGCUUUGCGUCCUCCGGUGCCGCCUCCCUUCUGUCCAGCCUUCUCCUGUAUUGUACGCCUGCUCUGCUGUGACAUCCUCGUCCACGUCCUCAGACGAGUCCUGCAGAGGGCAGCGGAGGAAAAGUCCACUCACUGGACGGAAAUAAUGAUCCAGCGGGCCCUGCACCUUAUCGGCCAGGCACUACUUGAAGAAAAAACCCAGCUUGAGGAUCGCACUGUAGAGGAAGUGACCUUUGAUUUCAGCUUGAAGGCCCGCAGAGUUGGUUCAGAACACGGCAAGUCUCUCUUCCUCUUGCUGUCAAAAAUGAAGAGCGCUCGUCCGCUUGAAGCCCAAAAAGACAUGAUCUUGUGGCUACUACAGAUGUUUGAAAUAGUCUUGUGCCUCAGAGAGAAGUCCAGUCCAACUACUUCCAUGAGUAUGGAUACGAGCAAGCCUGAGGAGCUAUGUUUUUUACAGAGUGCUCAGGACAAAGAAAAAGCUGAACGCAAACGGAAGGCUGAAGCAGCCAAACUUCACCGCCAGAAAAUCAUGGCUCAAAUGUCGGCCAUGCAGAAAAACUUCAUUGAGUCCAACAAGAUGCUCUAUGAAAACAUGCCAGACAGCGGCAUGCAGGGAACGCCUGUUGCAUCUACAGUGAGCGCCAUUGAACAUAAGGAGCUGUGCAUCGCCGUAGGGCCCCAACGAGGGUCCACCCCUGCCGAGAGGGAGGUGUUGACCUGCAUUCUUUGUCAAGAGGAACAGGAAGUGAUGGCCCAGGCUCCAGCCAUGGUGCUAACAGCGUGUGUCCAGAGAUCCACUGUGUUGACUCAAUGCAGAGGAAAGAUACCCAUCAGCAGUGCUGACGCCACAUCCUACCCAUCAUUCAUGCCUCCUGAACUGGCCGUGGGCACCCACACGGGCAGCUGUGGACAUGUCAUGCAUGCCACAUGCUGGCAAAAAUAUUUUGAGGCAGUCCAGAAUACAACCAGAAACCGUCUUCACGCUGAACUCAUCAUCGACCUUGAGAAUGGGGAGUACAUGUGUCCUCUGUGCAAGUCUCUAUGCAAUACCGUUGUCCCCCUCAUCCCCUUGGAGCCAAUUGUAUUCAACUAUGAAAAUGCCGAGAUAAUUGGUCAACAUUUGACUAUGACUCGCUGGAUUCACAUCCUUGAGGCCAGGAUUAAAGGACUCAAGGCCAUCACUCAGGACAAUGAUUGCAACAUGGAAAGCAGUAAUAAUGACAACUCAAUGUUAUGUGGAGAGGGUCUGCCAGAUUUCCGAUCCAUCCUAAGCUACGGCGUACAAGAACCGAGAAAAUUCUCCGACAGUAUAGCCGAGAUGCUGGUAGUGUGCGCCACCACAAUCCACAGGGUGGGGCUUCAAACGGUACCCAAUGAGCUGUGUCCACGUGUGCCCCUCAUGGCCUGGAACACCUGUGCCUUUACUAUUCAGGCCAUUGGUAUGACUUGUAUGUUUUAUCAAAGCUGUUUUACUUUCACAAUUGUGUCAAUGUACUUCACAGACAACAUAUUGCAGGAAGAAGAGAAGCCGCUGUUUGGGUCUUUACAAAACAGACAGCUGGCAGGUCUGAAAGCGAUCGUUCAGUUCUCAGCAGCACAGAGAAUCAAAUGCUCGCAGGCUGUCAUCCAAAGACACUUCACUGACAUGUUAGCAGUCCUGCUGCCAGUCACAAGCAGAAAGAACACACCAUCUAUUCUGGAAGUCGACUUUUUCCAUCUUCUAGUGGGUUUAGUGUUGUCUCUGCCCUCGCUGUACCAAGAAGAAGCCGUAGACUUGCAGCCAUCUGCUGUCAGUUCGGCCUACAACCACCUGUAUGUCCUGCAUCUGGUCACAAUGGCUCACAUCGUGCAGGUUAUGCUCCUCACAACAGACUUCCCUGUAGUCACUGAAGAGGGGACAGAGGAGGCCAGAGCAGCAGCAGAAGUUCUUAAUGUAGUGUCGCAAUACACUAGCAGACUGCUCUCAGAUGUGUCUGGUGCCUCUGCGGCCAGGAGAGUGAAAACGGGAAUCAUUUCUUUUCUUCGCUGCACCGCUCUCUUUUUCAGCUGCCUCACUGGUGUCCGUCCCCCAGAGGAGCUUUUUUCCACUUCUGUUUCCAGUCAAGACCAGAUGGAGGCACUGUGCAGCUUCUUGGCUCUGCCCGCCAACGUAUUCCAGCUCUUCCAGGAGCACAGAGAUACUGUAGCACCGCUGCUGCAAACAUGGUGCAGCAGCUCAGCGAUAACCAAAGCCCUGAAAAGCAAAAUUCAAACAGUCAGAUACCCCAGGAGAAUAAACCAUUUGAUUGAGCUCCCAGAGGAUUACAGUGCCCUCCUCAACCAAGCAAGCCAUUUCCAGUGUCCCAAGUCUGCAGAUGACGAGAGGAAGCAUCCCACCCUGUGCCUGUUCUGUGGCGCCAUGCUGUGCUCUCAGAGCUCCUGCUGCCUCAGUCAGCUGGAUGGAGAAGACGUGGGCGCCUGUACUGCCCAUGCUGCCACCUGUGGUGCAGGAGUGGGCAUGUUUCUCAGGAUAAGAGAGUGUGAAAUUGUCCUGAUGGCCAGUAAGACUCGAGGAAGCACGUAUCCUGCUCCUUAUUUGGAUGACUACGGCGAGACUGACCCUCAUCUCGGGCGAGGCAAUCCAUUGCACCUUUGUCCGGAGCGUUACAGGAAGUUGAAGCAGAUGUGGCAGCAGCACUGCAUCCUGGAGGAAAUCGCUCGCAGUCUGGAGUUGGUCAACGUCAUGUUCGCUUUCGACUGGCAGAUGUUGUGAUGGAGGAGCCAGCAGAAAAGGCAGAGUCGUGAAGAAGCUUGUGUGGAGACGCUCUCUGCUGCUUCCUGGUAGGCACGAACAUGCAACAAAGCCAGGAGAGGGAGGGGGAAUAAAAGACAGAAAACAAACAAGAGGUCUCCUAGCGGAUUAGCCUUGUUUUAAUUUGUCUUCUCUGAGAAUGUCAGUGAGCUCCUGUUAAAAGAAACCAGUAGAGACUCAUUUAAAGAAAGACAUACAUUAGAUUCACAUGUAAUGACCUUUAUCCUACGCACUGGUCUUACUUUGUCAUAACUUGUACAUGUAAAUUUCUGAUGCUAUAUCAACCACUUUUCAAUUUGCCUUUGUAUUAUUUACCUGCUUAUCUCACGUUUUUGCCACCUAGUCUUUGCUAUCUUGCAGAAACUUGAAUCAAUAUAACUUUCCUCUGAUUACUAAGGCCACAUUUCAACAACUUCAUCGUGUUUAUUUAUUCAACAAAUUAACACGGAUCUAAAAAGUGCACCAGUUGUAAAGAUGCUUUUAAAUCACACAUGUAUCAUAUCUUAGCCUUUCAAAACAAGGUGACUUGUGUAUGAGUGUGCUGUUUGAUAGCACUGCAGGACGUCCAGGAUAGGGUAAUAAAGACACCAGUCAAAGUACCAAUAAGUCUCUUAUGUUUCACACAGUAUGACAGUACAUGAAACCAUAAAAACAAAUCUGCUACAGACAUCCUAGUUCUCCUGAAUUGGAUUUUUCCAAAUAUCAAUACUUUUAAUGGAUAAUUCUCUGCUUGCAACAUUACAUGUUUUUUAUUUUCUACAUUGAGGUCAAUGAAGUCAUGCUUGGAUGAUUUUGGUGUAGAAGGAUUUGAGAUCCAUCAAACCCCUUUGAGAUAGACUUACACACACUUCACAAACUGAAGUCUAAGCAAGAUUAUAUGAAAUUAAGGGGGGGGGAAAUACAUAUAAUUAUAUAUAUAUAUAUAUAUGUGCGUGUAUCUGUAUUUAAAAACCCCAUUUCCAUAUGAGUUGGGAAAUUGUGUUGGAUGUAAAUAUAAACAGAAUACAAUGAUUUGCAAAUCAUUUUCAACCCAUAUUCAGUUGAAUGCACUACGAAGACAAGAUAUUUGCUGUUCAAACUCAUAAAAUGUAUUUCAUUUUGCAAAUAAUGUUUUACUUAGAAUUUCAUGGCUGCAACACGUGCCAAAGUAGUUGGGAAAGGACAUGUUCACCACUGUGUUACAUCACCUUUUCUUUUAAUAACACUCAAUAAAUGUUUGGGAACUGAGGAAACUAAUUGUUGAAGCUUUUAAAGUGGAAUUCUUUCCCAUUAUUGUUUUAUGUAGAGUUUCAGUCGUUCAACAGUCCGGGGUCUCCGCUGUCGUAAUUUGUGCUUCAUAAUGCGCCACACAUUUUCGAUGGGAGACAGGUCUGGACUGCAGGCGGGCCAGGAAAGUACCCACACUCUUUUACUACAAAGCCACGCUGUUGUAACACUUGUCUUGCUGAAAUAAGCAGGGGCGUCCAUGAUAACGUUGCUUGGAUGACAUUUGUUGCUCCAAAACCUGCAUGGACCUUUCAGCAUUAAUGGUGCCUUCACAGAUGUGUAAAUUACCCAUGCCUUGAGCACUAAUACACCCCCAUACCAUCACAGAUGCUGGCUUUUGAACUUUGCGCCUAUAACAAUCCGGAUGGUUAUUUUCCUCCUUGUUCCGGAGGACACCACGUCCACAGUUUCCAAAUAUAAUUUGAAAUGUGGACUCGUCAGACCACAGAACACCUUUCUACUUUGCAUCAGUCCAUCUUAGAUGAGCUGAGGCCCAGCCAAGCUGGUGGCAUUUCAGGAUAUUGUUGAUAAAUUUCGUUGGACCUGUACAUGCACAAUGACAAUAAAGAUAAUUCAUUCAUUCAUAAAUGGGUUUGGCUUUGCAUAUUAGAGUUUUAACUUGCACUUACAGAUGUAGCGAACAACUGUAGUUACUGACGGUGGUUAUAUGAAGUGUUUCUGAGCCCAUGUGGUGAUAUCCUUUACACACUGAUGUCGGUUUUUGAUGAUCAAUAGUCCGUAAUAGCAUCGCUUAUGUGCAGUGAUUUCUCCAGAUUCUCUUAACUUUUUGAUGAUUUUACGGACCGUAGAUGGUAAAAUCCCUAAAUUCCUUGCAAUAGCUCGUUGAGGAAUGUUGUUCUAAAACUGUUCGAAAAUUUGCUUACAAUGUGGUGACCCUCGCCCAAUCCUUGUUUGUGAAUUACUUAGCAUUUCAUGGAAGCUGAUUUUAUACCCAAUCAUGGCACCCAACUGUUUCCAAUUAGCCUGCACACCUGUGGGAUGUUCCACAUAAGUGUUUGAUGAGCAUUCCUCAACUUUAUCAGUAUUUAUUGCCUCCUUUCCCAACUUCUUUGUCACGUGUUGCUGGCAUCUAAUUCUAAAGUUAAUGAUUAUUUGCAAAAAAAAAAUGUUUAUCAGUUUGAACAUCAAAUAUGUCUUUGUAGCAUAUUCAAUUGAAUAUGGGUUGAAAAUGAUUUGCAAAUCAUUGUAUUCCGACGUCAUAUUUACAUCCAACACAAUUUCCCAAUUCAUAUGGAAACGGGGUUUGUAUAUGUAUGUUUUUUUUUUAUACCAUAUAACACAUUUGCUGAAAUAAGCACAAUAAUCUAACAGAAGACGAACAUCUUUAUCUCUGCUGUUGGAUCAGUAACUACGGGUGCAUCUCAAUCAGUUACAAUAUGGUGCAAAAGUGAUUUUAAUUUCAGGAGUUUAAUUCAGACUGUUAUAGCUGAGGUGUCAAACUAAAAGCCCGGGGACUACAUCUGGCCUGCAAAAGCCUGGAAAUAAUAAAACACAUAAUCUUCAUUUACAUUUUGAAGGAAUAAAUUGUACUGCAUGUAGCUGCCAUUUUUAACUGAAUACUGUUUUAUUAUUCAACGCAACAAACUAUUAUAUGUUUUUGGUUCAUUGUAACCCUUUUUGAAAUAAAUUCUACAAAAAGUGAACUUUAAUAUCUGCCUGUCAUCUUGACUUGUGAUGCCAAUGCAAAGUUUGUUGGUAAACAAUGAUAAUAAUCAAAUUAAGGUGACAUUGUAUAAAGUGCACCCGCAUGCCUUUUUCCACAUUAUGUUACAAUCUUAUUCCAAAAUGGAAUAAGUUCAUUUUUGUCCUCGAAAUUCUACAGACAAUAUAUACCCCAUAAUGUAAAAAUGUGUUGUUGUUUUUUUGCAAAUGUAUUAAAACAACAAAAACAAAAAAUGCACAUACUGUAAGUAUUCACUCUAUUCACUCGCUCCAUCAGGUUAGAUGGGAAGUGUUGAUUUUCAUCCAGGAUGUCUCUGUACAUUGCUGCAUUCAUCUUAGUCUCGUCAGGGAGGUGACCAAGAACCUGAUGGCCACUCUGUCAGAACUCUAGCAUUCCUCUGUGAAGAGAGGAGAACCCUCCCUGCAACAAUUCACCAAUCAGGCCUUUACUUGAAGGAGGCAAUUUUUCUUAGUAACAGGUUAGCCAAAAUUCACUUGAUUAUGAAACAAAAUUAUCUGGUCGGAUGAGACAAAGAUUGAAUUCUUUGACGUGAAUGCCUGGCAUCAUGUUUGGAGGAAACAAGGCACCACUCAUCACCAGGCUAAUACCAUCCCUCCAGUAAAGCAUGGUGGUGUUAGCAUCAUGCUGUGGGGAUGAUUUUAUGUAGAGGGACUGGGAGACUACUCAGGUUAGAGGGAAAUAUGAAUUCAACAAUGUACAGAGACCUUCUGGAUUAACACCAUUCCCAUCCAACCUGAUGGAGAAUGAGAGGUGCUGCAAAGAGUAAUGUGCAAAACUGCCCAAAGAUAGGUGUGCCAAUUUCAAGCUUGUGGCAUCGUAUUCAUAGAGAAUUGAUGCUGUAAUGUCAGCCAAAGGUGCAUCAAAAAAGUAUUGAGCAAAUUAUGUGAAUAUUGUGGUUUCUUUUUUUUCUAAUUUGAAUACAUUUGCAACAUCAAAAAACUUUAUUACAUAGUGCUUGUAAUGCUUAUACCAUUAUUGAAUAUUGUUUGUAUAAUUUUGAGGACAAAAAUGUAUUUAUUCCAUGUAACAAAACAAAAUGAGGAAAACGUGAAGUGUUGUGAAUUCUUUGCAGAUGCACUGUACGUAAUACCAUGAGGCGAUUAUACAAAUGAUUAUAUUAUAUAUGUUUCAAUAUACAAAUGGUGCAUAACUGUAACAAUAUACAAAUGGUGCAUAACUGUAAUGUGGCCCACUAUGUAAGUGAGUUUGACACCCCUGAAUGAAAGGCUCUUGGAGUUUCCAGUUAUAAACCAGCCGUUGACUAUGAACUUUAUUUUAAUUUUUCAUAUUCUAUUAAACAUUGAUUUUAUUAGCUUUAAACUAUAAUCUUAACAAUUGUUGAACUUAGAAAUAUUUUUGUUUAAUAUUCAGUUGGUAAAUCUAUAUGGAAAAAAAAAGACUUUUCUACUUUAAACUACUUGAUUUGAACAUUUGAAAUAGUUUCUGAUUUACUGAGAUGUGCCUGGAUGAUAAGCAAAUAGGUCCAAAAUAGAAAGUCAUUUACAAAAAAAUAUUAUUAAAAGCAGAAUUAAACAUGUAUUUUUAAGUAUACGAUCAGUGUAGAGUACUCUGCAUUUAACCCUUCCCCUUGAGGUGAUGUUGUACCCGGGGACGCAAUCCAGGUCACAGGUCAGCAUAUUGUUCAGUGAAGCAUCCAUAUGUGGGCGACCAUGGGGCCAAAAUGGGUCUAGUUUCUUGCACAAGGACACAAAAGCAGUGACUGGGAUGGAAGAACGGGAAUUGAGCUCCAUCUACCUCCUGAGCCACUCUGCUCCGAGUCAAGAAUAUGAUGCUAAAAACACAUUCCCUGUUGGGGAUCAUCGCAGGGAGUUAAUCAAAUGAAGGGUUUCAGUUUAGUUUUUGACAAGUUGACUUUCCGGACACAACCCUAAUGGGGAAUCGAAAAUACCCUUUGAUGUGAUUGAGAGCCAGGUCCAACAUAAGUCAUCGUUCCCCCCACAAAGUGGAAGGACAACAAUUUCCCCAGAUGGAACUCUUAAAGUUGAAGUGCCUGUUCAAAGUGUCUCAUUAAUACAGUGUUACGUAGCAAAUAAAAAAUGUAAUUUUUUUAUUGUGGAUGAACUUAAAUUUCAUACCACAAAUUCAAGUAUUGAGAACAUUUCUUUGCGCACCACCCAAAAACUUUCCUAAAACAUGCAUGUUGACACGUUUGUCAACCAACUAAACUUUGUUUUUUUGCAUACUUUGCAAAAGUCUUAGGCCAUGUCUCGUUUUAUUCUUUAAAUGUACUUUUUGUCAGCAGUCGCAUGUUGUAAAGAGAAAAUAUGUGUUUUAAUGAAAAAACUAACUUUUGAGAGGCGAGGCCCACAAGGACAGCUUUGUUACAUUUUGGUGCAAAUUUUGAUAAAGAUGGUGACACAAGCAUCUAUUACUACAAUUUUCAAACUGUGGUACGUGAACCACUAGGGCUGCACGGGGUCCAUCUAGUGGUACGCCAAAUAAUCACUUGAUUUAGGUACAGUGAUUUAUAAACACAUAGUUACUGUUAAAACUUUGUGUAAUGGUACAGUGUCCAAAAAUACUAAAUAAACUUGUUUAAUCAAA